AUGUUUGCAUCGGCCACCAAGAACUUUGUGAAGCAGGUGGGCGACACGGGGAGGCUGAUCCCCGUCCCGAGCCUGAGCGAGGCCGACCGCUACCAGCCCCUCAGCCUGGUCACCAGGAAGCGAAAGAAGCGUUUCUGGAAGAAGAAGAAAUACGCGUCCACGGCGUUCUCCCUCAAAGACAUCCUGGUUGGGGAGAAAGAGAUUACAGCAGGCGUGUCUUCUUAUCAGCUGCUCAACUACGAGGACAAAUCGGAUGUGGCCCUCAACGGGCGACUCGGGAACCACCUCAUGAACGACGUGGGCUUCAACGUCAGCGGCUCGGACUCGGUGGCCGUCAAGGCUUCUUUCGGCAUCGUGACCAAGCACGAGCUGGAGGUGCCCACUUUGCUGCGGGAACUCAGCGCCAGGAAAGCGGACCUGGACCACUGCCUUGUCCGCCAGUCCAGAGAAAGUGGGCGGGGCGUCCUGUGCGUCGUCAUGGAGAGCAUCCGCACCACCCGCCAGUGCUCGCUGACGGUCCACGCCGGCAUGAGGCGUACCACCAUGAGGUUUCAGAUCGACGAUGGCAGGAACCCAAAAGGCCGAGACAAGGCCAUCGUCAUCCCCGCUCACACCACCAUCGCCUUCAGCAUCUGCGAGCUGCUGGUCCGACUCGACGGGCGACUCGAUAUCUGUGUAGCACCGGGGUCUCGAGGUGGAUUCGAACGAGAGCAGAUGAGGGAGCAGCUGGACGGUUUCAUCGGCCACUUCUCCAUGGGACGACUGCGCCGCUUCCUGUCCGGCAUCAUCUACGGCAACCCCUUCAGAGCAGACGACAGCACAUUCGAGGAGCUCACCCACUCCGACACCUACAUGGACGACACGGCGACUGACUACUACGAGAAAGCCGCCAGCAUGACGGACGUCUCCACGGCCUACCUGAGGGAAAGCGCCCACCCCCGCGUCAACCUCCUCAAACACAACAUCCCCAAGGGGCCGUGUGCUCUGUGUGGCAUGGGCAACCAAAAGAGAGAAACUGUCUACGGCUGCGUAGAAUGUUCUUUUGGUAGUCAAAAGUAUGUGCGACUGCAUGUGGUGCCCUGCUUUGACCUCUGGCAUAAAACACUUAAGUGAAAAAUAUGUUCAUGGUGAUACAAUUUUAAGCAAAAUAUCUGUGCUCUCGUGCAAAAUUAAAGUCAAUCGCUUUCAAUUUAUAACCAUCCGCUGCACAUUUUCCUGGAGUAUAUUUAACAUUGGACUGUCCUGCAGGUUGAAUUUCAGGACCAGUCAUAGACAAUUUAGAGUGAAAAGCUCAUUUUAUUCUCACUCGCGUACAAAACAUUCUAACAUGGCUUGUUUCCCUGGCUUCGAGACUCUCCCGUACGACAGUGUGGCGAAGGCACAACAAAAUCCCUUCUUGUCUCUCAUUUCAAUCAAUCAAUCAAUCAAUGUUUACUUAUAUAGCCCUAAAUCACUAGUGUCUCAAAGGGCUGCACAAACCACUACGACAUCCUCGGUAGGCCCACAUAAGGGCAAGGAAAACUCACAC